ACACACCCCGCCUCUUCGUGCAAGACAUGGACGGGGACACAUUCACGAUCAUGCUGGCCGCGGACAGCCAUCUUGGCUACCUCGACCGCGACCCCGUGCGCGGGGGCGACUCCUUCGCCGCCUUCGAGGAGGUGCUCCUCCUGUCCCAGGAGCGCGGCGCGGACUGCCUCCUCCACGCCGGGGACCUGUUCCACGACAACAAGCCGAGCCGGCGCGCGCUGCACAAGGCGAUGGCUCUCCUCCGGCGCUACGCGCUGGGCGACGCGCCCGUCGCGUUCCAGGUCCUCAGCGACCAGGCCGCGAACUUCGCGGCCGGGCGCGUCAACUUCGAGGACCCGCACGCGGCCGUCGCGCUGCCGGUCUUCGCCGUCCACGGGAACCACGACGACCCGACGCGCGACGGCGGCGUCGACGCGCUCGCCGCGCUCGACGUCCUCUCGGUCGCGGGACUCGUCAACUACUUCGGCCGCUGCGACCGCGCCGACGCCGUCGAGCUCCACCCCGUGCUCCUGCGCAAGGGCUCCACGCGCGUCGCGCUCUACGGCCUGGGCAACGUCCGCGACGAGCGCCUGAACCGCCUCUGGCAGCAGAAGCGCGUGUCGUUCCUCCGGCCCGCGGCGGAGGACGGCGCGACGUACUUCUCCGUCCUCGUGCUCCACCAGAACCGCGACGCGGGCCGCGGCCGCAACGCGUGCGUCCACGAGUCGAUGAUCCCCGAGUGGUUCGACCUCGUCGUCUGGGGCCACGAGCACGAGUGCCUCGUCGAGCCGCGCGAGUCGGCCGUCGGCACGUUCCGCGUCACGCAGCCCGGGUCCGGCGUCGCGACGGCGCUCAGCGAGCGCGCGCGCGGCGAUCUGGGCGAUUCGAGGCCACUCGGGGACUCCGACCCGCGCGCGUCGCGGGCGACCCACUGCGGCCUGCUCCAGAUCCGCGGCGACGAGUUCCGCCUCGAGCCCCUGCGCCUCACGUGCGCGCGGCCGUUCGCCGCCGGCGACGUCGCGCUCGCGGACCUGCCGGCGCUCGCGGGCGGCGCCGCCGCCGGCGGCGGCGACGCCGCCGUCGCGGACGCGCUCGCCGCCGAGGUCGCGGCGCUCGUCGCGGCCGCGCGCGCGGCCGCGCCGCCGCCGCGGUUCCCGCGCAUGACGUGCCCCCUCGCGGCGCCGGACCGCGUCCUCGCGCGGCUCCGCGUCGACCGGACCGGGUUCGGCGACGUCCGCGCCGCGCGGCUCGGCGCGCGCUUCGUCGGCGACGUCGCGAACCCGGGCACGGUGCUCCACGUCGCGCGCGCCGCCGGCGGCGGCGGCGGCGGCCGCGCGCGCGCCGCCGCGCCCGCGCCGCGGCCCGUCGAGGACGGCGAGCUCGACGCGGUCCAGAUCGAGGACCUCGUCCAGGGCCACCUCGACGCGGACGAGUCGAAGCUCCAGGUCCCGCCCGAGGACAAGAUGAACCGAGCCCUCGAGGACUUUGUGCGCAAGGCCGACGGCGCGUUCGCGGAACUCGUCGAGCAGGAGCUCGCGCGGACGCAGAAGGCGCUCGCGCGCGCCGGCGGGCCCUUCGCCGACGAGGCCGCGGUCCGCGACGCCGCGCGCGGCGCCGCGCCCCGCGGCCGCGGCGGCGGCCGCGCCGCGGCCGCGGCGGACGACGGCGGCGGCGCCCCGGGCGAGCCGCCGGCGCGCGCCGCGCCGCCGAGGCGCGCCCGGGGCGCGCCCGCGCCGCCCGCCGCCGCCGACGAGGACGAGGACGGCGGCGAGGAGGACGAGGACGAGGACGAGGCGGCGGCGGAGGCACCGCCCAAGAAGAGAGCGCGCGCCGCGCCGCCGAGGCGCGCCCGCGGCGCGCGGGCGGCGUCCUACGUCGUCGACGACGACGACGACGACGACGACGACGACGACGACGACGACGACGACGACGGCGAGGACGACGACGGCGACGACGACGAGUCUCCACCCGCGGCGCCGCCGCCGAAGCGCCGCGGCGUCGCGAAGCGCGCCCCGGCCAAGAAGAAGGCAAAGGCGCCCGUCAAGCGCAAGGCCGCGCCGGCGGCGCGGUCCCUACCCUGGGGAAGCGACGCCGGGAAAGGCUCGGCGAAGGACGCGCCCAUCGACGUCGACAUGGAAGGCUGGGAAUGAUGAGCGGAUGACAGGAGUCAUGUAGAGAAUAGUCACCGGCAAGCUAGAAUUUCCCGCGAUCCAGCUAGUCUGAGCUGCUUGU